AUGUACCUCACAAAGUUUAUAGGGUCGCUGGUUCCGAUUGCUGCGCUGAUGAAUGUCGCGCUUGCUGACCUGAGAGUUACGGCGGACAACCAUUCUUUCGGUGGCGUAAAUUUCCCACAGCUUCAAUUUUUGGAACCCACGUAUCGCGAAGAGGUCAUUCGAGCCAUCGUUAAGACCAAUGCCAGGGUGAUUCGUCUUUUCAUCCGAGGAGACGAGCAUCAUGCAGAUCCUGAACCGGAAGUAGGCGAGUUUGAUCGAGCUCUGCUGAAUCAAUUUGAUGAUACUUUAGCUGCCAUUCAUCGUAUCUCUUACGACCGAACGUACUACAAAACUCGCUUGGAAGUUUUUUUUAGGCAUUAUGCGUCCAAGAACUUUGGCGGCAGACCGUGGAGCGAGUUGAGCGAAGUUAUCCUGGGAGUUGACGUUCAGAACGAGCCCUGGUCUGGUAUUUGGCCUAUUCCUGCCGGAGAAUCGUGGCUUUGCGUGAUUGCUACGCAUCUCAGAGAUGGUUUAGGUCUCGGUGAAAACAACAUCGCUGUCAUAACGGGCGGCAUUUCUGGACCACAAACGGUAGAUGGCAUUCAAAAUUUUCCCGAUUCUGCCUGGAACUGCCCGGCUGUCGAUGUGAUCGGUAUCCAUGGUUACUUUGGGCAAGGCGAAGAAGGAACUGCAGGCACUCCUUGGGCGAAGCUAUUCCUUCCUGGCGAUACCCUCACUGGUCGCGCUAUCGAUAACAAAUUGCUCCUUGUUGAGGAGUGGUCGUAUCAGAACACCAAUCUCGGCCUCAAUUACAAGAAGCAGGCCAUCUUUGAUCAAGGAAACGCUCUCAAUUACCGCGGCAUUCCCUGGAUAUACUCACAUCUCACGUUCAAAGACGAAGGCACCACGCCCAAAGUCAGCAUCUUGAGGGAUUCCAACUCUGCCAUUGGUGCACUGAGCGACGUUCUCAGCCGUGCCUUCAGAUCACGUUCCAACUUCAACUGGUCAAAAUACCUAGCAGCGCCGUCCGGAGGCCUUUCCAACCUGACUACACUCCCUCUAAACACAUACAUCCCCGAGCAAAGCUCCUGCACUUUCGGCUGUGAAGGCCACUUGUGCGACGCCGCGGAUGGCUGUCGCCCCGAUUUCCUCUGCAAGAACAGCAUCUGUCAACGGCCCUCUGAAUCGCAACCAGGUAAACUGGAUCCUGCCAACCAUGCAAAGAACGAGCAACAAUACAACCCUGGGAUCGGCGGAAAGAUAGCACAUACAACUCGCACAAUCCCUUUCGUCGAGACCCUAUAG